UGUCGACUUGCCAAUCGCCAGCCCACUACCAUUUCCGACAAGAGAAGAGCAUUACCAUAGAGUAUUCUGAUUCACGUCUUCUCGGAGAGACCUCAGCUCUCCAAGUUUCAUCUUCAACAUUGUAAAAUUGUAAUAGUAUGAUUCAAGGGAAGCUCAGGAGGAUCACGUUUUGAGGGGCAGCGCUGCUUUUGCAAUUGGCUAGACAUCUGGUAGGUUUGCCCUCAGCAAGAACAAUAAUCUACAAUUUACCAGGUUGACACUGGACCAGGAUAGCAGUAAGAUUUGAAUGCGAGUUAUUCAGUAGCUCUGGUUGCGGAAAGUUCUGCGGGCGCGCUUAUGUUCAAUUGGUAGUGUAGGUCAUUUUUUACGGCAGUUCUCUGACACAUUGCAAUAGAAAGGGCUAGGGAGUGGUUGAAUCACACCUCAGUGGCCGCCAGUAAAGGGAGAGGGGUGGCAUUUUCAAAGAAGCAUAGCAGAUUGGCACCGGCACUGUCAUCAUGAGCAAGGGAGGGCAAGCCCCGGAUCUUAAGAAGUACAUGGAUAAAAGGCUAAACAUCAAGCUGAACGCCAAUCGGACGGUGGUGGGUGUGCUGCGCGGCUUCGACCAGUUCAUGAACAUCGUGCUGGACAACAGUGUGGAGCUGACCAAGGGGGGCGAGGAGAACGAGAUCGGGAUGGUGGUCAUCCGGGGGAACAGCGUCGUCAUGAUCGAAGCCCUAGAACAUAUAGAGACGAAGGAGGUCCCUGGAAACCGAUAGUCCAACAGUGAACUCACCCACCUCCAACGCAACACGGUCCAGCUCUUGAAUCUAAUUUCAUUAUCUAUCUUGAUUGCCAUGCUGUCAUAAUUGAGUCUACUAUUGUG